AUGCGGUCACUCCGCACAAUCGCUCUGUGUCGCGGAAACCCCAUCACGGAGGCAAAGAUCCUGCACGGAGGCAAAGAUCCUGCACGGAGGCAAAGAUGGCUCCGUGCAGCUUGCUCGUCAGCGGCCACCCCUCAGGCGCAUUGCAGAUCGCCCAGCAAGUGCCAAGAGGAUGAGAACCCGACGCAGCGGGUGCAGAUGCGGGCACACCCCCACCUCUUGCCUCACGGGACUCUUGUCAGCCGCCGCCGACGCAGGGCGCAGCCAUCUGAGCCAUCGAGUACGGCGCAAGAUAUGUCCAGCGUGGUGCCAUCCGAACGAAAGCGCGUUUCAGAUGGUGUUGGCGUUCGCGAGGACUUCGCCCCCGCCUACACCACAGGGAGUCAAGUUCUCGAAGCUGGGCCUUUUGGGUUCCCCCCGAAGAAGGCUGGAGGAUAG